AUGGCUCUGGGGUAUCCAGUGAACUACUACCAUGUGGAUUAUACCUCCUCUCUGCAGCCUAUGGGAGCCCUACGUCUGCCGACGGUGCAGUAUGGACCCUAUGGCCCCUCUCCUCCACCUGUGGGAUACUACUCAGCACCAGGUGGGGCUGCAUUAACACCCCAAUGUGUGGACUAACAUUGAGUCACAUCGCUGCAUCCGUCGUAUGGUUUUCCCUUUUUCUUCGGUGGAGUAGAGGAAGCACGUAUGGCUCGUAUGGAGCAGAAUAUACAGAGUCUUCUUCGCAUCGUGCAACAGCAGACCAGAUCCCAGGAUUCCUCUGUUCAGGGGAGCCCUCUCCGACAGGUUGCAGUGGAGGACAUGAGACAGUAGUAUGGAGUUCAGCAGCCUCUGCAACGUUACCGACUACAACUGACUUUAGGGUGUGAGUAUUCUGCCUCUUCGGCCCCGGCACCAUUGUCGGGCAUGGCUGCAACUGAGACCGGGCAUGUACACGUCAUGUCCCCAGCCCCAACUGGUCAUCUGGAGCUGCCUGCUAUCGAGACUGAGCCCACACCGGAUGUCAUUUUCGAUCCCCCCCUCCACUGCUGCAGAGUCUGGGGGAACCAUCCUCGGGUCAGGCGGCCUAUGCGACUCCAACAGCAUUGCCACGCAGUAGUGAGCCUAUGUUGCUGACCCUAUUUCUGACUGCUACCAGAUCAUCACUAGCCAGAGCUACCUGGUGAAGGGGAACCCAGCCACGAGCUGCCCAGUGACGUGAGCCUACCAGACGACCUAAAUACUUUUAUGCUCGCUUCGAGGUAAGCAACACUGAACCAUGCAAGAGAGCACCAGGUGUUCCGGACGACUGUAUGAUCUCGCUCUCCGUAGCCAAUGAGAGUAAGACCUUUAAACAGGUUAACAUUCACAAGGCCGCGGGGCCAGACGGAUUACCAGGACGCAUACUCAGAGCAUGCGCUGACCAGCUGGCAAGUGUCUUCACUGACAUUAUUUAACCUCUCCCUGACCCAGUCUGUAAUACCUACAGGUAGCUUAGUGGUUAAGAGCGUUGUGCCAGUAACCGAAAGGUCGCUGGUUCUAAUCCCCGAGUCAACUAGGGGAAAAAUCUGUUGAUGUGCCCUUGAGCAAGGCACUUAACCGUAAUUGCUCCUGUAAGUCGCUCUGGAUAAGAGUGUCUGCUAAAUGACUAAAAUGUAAAUGUUUCAAGCAGACCGCCAUAGUCCCUGUGCCGAAGAACACCAAGGUAACCUGUCUAAAUGACUAUCUCCCCGUAGCACUCACAUCUGUAGCCAUGAAAUCCUUUGAAAGGCUGGCCAUGGCUCACAUCAACACCAUCAUCCUAGACACCCUGGACCCACUCCAAUUCGCAUACCGCCCCAACAGAUCCACAGGUGACGCUAUCUCUAUUGACUCCUGAACAGCUAAUCAUGGCUACCCGGACUAUUUGCACUGCCCCCCACCCCCCAUCUUUUUACGCUGCUGCUACUCUGUUAAUCAUUUAUGCAUAGUCACUUUAACUCUACCCACAUGUACAUAUUACUUCAACUACCUCAACUAGCCGGUGCCCCCGCACAUUGACUCUGCACCGGUACCCCCCUGUAUAUAUAGCCUCCCUACUGUUAUUUUAUUUUACUUCUGCUAUUGUUUUUCUCAACACUUGUUUGUUGUUGUUUUAUUUGACUUUUUUAAAUUAAAAAUAAAUGCACUGUUGGUUAAGGGCUGUAAGUAAGCAUUUCACUGUAAUGUCUGCACCUGUUGUAUUCGGCGCAUGUGGCCAAUAACAUUUGAUUUGAUUUGACUCCACACUGCCCUUUCACACCUGGACAAAAGGAACACCUACAUGAAAAUGCUGUUCAUUGACUACAGCUCAGCAUUCAACACCAUUGUGCCCUCCAAGCUCAUCACUAAGCUAAGGACCCUGGGAUUUAACAUCUCCCUCUGCAACUGGAUCCUGGACUUCCUGAUGGGCCACCCCCAGCUGAUGAGGGUAGGCAACACCACAUCCGCCACGCUGACCCUCAACAUGAGGGACCCCUCAGGGAUGUGUGCUUUGUCCCCUCCUGUACUCCUUGUUCACCCACGACUGUGUGGCUGCACACGACUCCAACACCAUCGUUAAGUUUGCAGACGACACGACGGUGGUAGGCCUGAUCACCGAUGAUGAUGAGACAGCCUACAGGGAGGAGGUCAGAGACCUGACAGUGUGGUGCCAGGACAACAACCUCUCCCUCAACGUCAGCAAGACAAAGGAGCUGAUCGUGGACUACAGGAAACGGAGGGCCAAGCACGCACCCAUCCACAUCGACGGGGCUGUUGUGGAGCAGGUCGAGAGCUUUCUAGCCUAUACGCUAUGGAUCAUUUGAUUGAGACCACUCUAAAUAGCCUAUAGGCACACUUGAUAUUGCACGCCCAGCAGACAAUCAGAGAUGAGGGGUGGCAUCGGGCACACAUUGAUUUAUAGCCUAAUAAGAAACUAAUUCUAAAACACAAAGAAAUAUUGAAAUGUCAUCAAUUACAAAUUACAUUACCCUCCCCUGGACUAAAUUUAAAAAAUACUAAACCCUCCCCUUGACUGAAAUUGCUCCAUUUUCCUCCAGGUAGCCAUUCUGUAAAUUUUGAUUAAUCCCUUAUUGUUAUCUAUUGUGUUACUAUUUUCUUACUUUUUAACUCUGAAUUGUUGGGAAAGGGCUCGUAAGUAAACAUUUCACAGUAAAGUCUACACCUGCUGUAUUCGGUGCAUGUGCUAAAUAAACUUUGAUUUGAUUUGGUUCGAAGUAUGUUUUCGAGCCAUAUCUGGUGCCUGCUCCAUUGUGUCUUAAUAUAUACAGUAAUGCUGACUGACCCUAGUGCAGCUGUAAACAUGCAGAUCGGAUCUGCUGGCUAGGCAGGUGGGAAGAGGCCAGAUCAGGUGGGAACAUUCCAGCUAGCCAGUGAUCAUUUGUCAAAAACCUAUCAAUAAACUCGUAACAACCUCAGUAUUAUGAAAUUUCUAUUCGAUCAAAUAAGCCUCACCUAUCAAAAACUCCUCACAUGGUCUGCUUAAUCUGCGCGGAAAGAUUUUGGGCGGAGUCGACCCUCUCGCAUUGCCUCUUCUUCUCAGGCUCUGUUCGCUGUGAUGAGAAGUGUAAGAUUUACGGAAGAGGUGUUGAAUGCAGGCGUGGCACAAUAACUUCCGCCUUCAAAACCCAGAACAACAGAGAAAUGGUGAGUAACUUUAAUUCUAUUUCAAUCAGAAAUACCGAUGAAAUUCUCUGUUUUCAAAUUCCUAGGUUAAACCUUUGUCCUUAUUCUGGUGGCUUGAUAGUUGCACAGAUUAAUGUGGGCGUGACGGUGCGCUCUAAGAAAAAAAUCUGGAUCAAAGCUAUUAUCAAACCAGUUGGACUAGUAUACUUGUCUGAUCCGAUCCCUUUGAUUGUAUUAAAGCUGGAAAGCUCUGACACCACCACAACAUUCUUAGAUUGUGCAAUACUAUGCAAAUGAAUGAGGAGUCUAAAUAUGCUUGUAGUAACAUGGUUGUAGCAUAACCUGUGACCAUGGUACUUCCUCUCUAGAGGUCCGGACAGCAGUCUGUCUGAGACAUUUUACAUUUACAUUUACGUCAUUUAGCAGACGCUCUUAUCCAGAGCGACUUACAAAUAGGUGCAUUCACCUUAUAGCCAGUGGGAUCACCACUUUACAAUGUUUUAUUUUUAUUUUUAUUUUUUGGGUGGGGGGGGGUGGGUUGGGGUAAGGGGGGGAUAGAAGGAUUACUUUAUCCUAUCCCAGGUAUUCCUUAAAGAGGUGGGGUUUCAAAUGUCUCCGGAAGGUGGUGAGUGACUCCGCUGUCCUGGCGUCGUGAGGGAGCUUGUUCCACCAUUGGGGUGCCAGAGCAGCGAACAGUUUUGACUGGGCUGAGCGGGAACUAUGCUUCCGCAGAGGUAGGGGAGCCAGCAGGCCAGAGGUGGAUGAACGCAAUGCCCUCGUUUGGGUGUAGGGACUGAUCAGAGCCUGAAGGUACGGAGGUGCCGUUCCCCUCACAGCUCCGUAGGCAAGCACCAUGGUCUUGUAGCAGAUGCGAGCUUCAACUGGAAGCCAGUGGAGUGUGCGGAGGAGCGGGGUGACGUGAGAGAACUUGGGAAGGUUGAACACCAGACGGGCUGCGGCAUUCUGGAUGAGUUGUAGGGGUUUAAUGGCACAGGCAGGGAGCCCAGCCAACAGCGAGUUGCAGUAAUCCAGACGGGAGAUGACAAGUGCCUGGAUUAGGACCUGUGCCGCUUCCUGUGUAAGGCAGGGUCGUACUCUCCGAAUGUUGUAGAGCAUGAACCUACAGGAUCGGGUCACCGCCUUGAUGUUAGCGGAGAACGACAGGGUGUUGUCCAGGGUCACGCCAAGUCUCUUCGCACUCUGGGAGGAGGACACAACGGAGUUGUCAACCGUGAUGGCGAGAUCAUGGAACAGGCAGUCCUUCCCCGGGAGGAAGAGCAGCUCCGUCUUGCCAAGGUUCAGCUUGAGGUGGUGAUCCGUCAUCCAUACUGAUAUGUUUGACGGAAAGGUAAAGCCUCAGUUGUAUUGUGUGUCUUGGGAAUGAAAAAAAAGGUUGCUGGAAGAUUGUCGUGAUCAUUGAUCUGUAAUAGUAGUGUUUUCAAAGUUAAUGUUGACACCCCCUCCCUCAGACAGCGACCCUACGCCCAUACUUGAAUGCUGUGCGUGCCACACUGCAGGCCGCCCUCUGCCUGGAGAACUUCUCCUCUCAGGUGGUGGAACGCCACAACAAGCCAGAGGUGGAAGUCAGGUGAGUUGUGUUGUGUGUGAAAGUCUCUCGCUCACUCUCUUCCUCUCUCUCUCUCUCUCUCGCUCUCUUUCUCUCUUAGUCCUCAUAAUGAUAUUGUUAGUGUUAUUUGUUACAGAGUCUUCUCUCAUUACAGGAGUAGUAAAGAGCUCUUACUACAGCCUGUGGUGAUCAGCCGGAAUGACAAGGAGAAGGUCCUAAUCGAGGGCUCCAUCAACUCUGUGCGAGUCAGCAUUGCUGUGAAGCAGGUCAGGGGUUAUGACCCUCCUUUUCACUUUCAAUGUCACCCUUCCAUUAUCUUGAUGUUGUGUGUUUGUUUAAGUAAGUAAAGUCUUUCACGUACACUGAGUGUAUAAAUCAUUAAGAACACCUGCUCUUUCCAUGACAGCCUGACCAGGUGAAUCUAGGUAAAAGCUAUGAUCCCUUGUUGAUGUCACUUGUUAAAUCGACUUCAAUCAGUGUAUAUGAAGGGGAGGAGACAGGCUAAAGAAGGAUUGUUAAGCCUUGAGACAAUUGAGACAUGGAUUGUGUAUAGUCCCGUGUAGCUCAGUUGGUAGAGCAUGGCGCACGGGGCGCACGGGGGGCCAGUAUGAAUUUUGUUUUACAAAAAUGUAUGCACUCACUAACUGUAAGUCGCUCUGGAUAAGAGCGUCUGCUAAAUUACUAAAAUGUUUUUUUUAAAAUGUAUGUGUGCCAUUCAGAGGGUGAAUGGGCAAGACUAAAAAUGUAAGUGCCUUUGAACGGGUAUGGUUGUAGGUGCUAGGCGCACCGGUUUGUGUCAGGAACUGCAACGCUGCUGGGUUUUUCACGCUCAACAGUUUCCUGUGUGUAUCAAGAAUGGUCCACCACCCAAAGGACAUCCAGCCAACUUGACACAACUGUGGGAAGCAUUUGAGUCAACAUGGGCCAGCAUCCCUGUGGAACGCUUUCGACACCUUGUAGAGUUCAUGCCCCGACGAAUUAAGGCUGUUCUGAGGGAAAAAAGGGGGGUGCAACUCAAUAUUAGGAAGGUGUUCUUAAUGUUUUGUACACUCAGUGUAGAUUUAAAAGCCUUCGGCUGCAAAUAAAAAAGUGUGUUUGAUGGAAAUGCUGACUGGUGCUCUGUGAUUGGCUCCAUCAGGCUGAUGAGAUUGAGAAGAUCCUGUGCCACAAGUUCAUGCGCUUCAUGAUGAUGAGAGCGGAGAACUUCUUCAUUCUCAGGAGGAAACCAGUUGAGGUGAGCGAUGAGUCAAGAAAACUGAAACGGGAUACGAUCCAGUUGGUGUUUGUAUUGCGUCAGAUGUUUUAAGACUUGCUCAUCUUUUUUCUUCCUUCUGUCUCUCUUCCUUCAUCUCUCCAUCCUGUCAUCUAGGGCUAUGACAUUAGUUUCCUCAUCACCAACUUCCACACGGAGCAGAUGUACAAGCAUAAGCUAGUGGACUUCGUCAUCAACUUCAUGGAGGAGAUCGACAAGGAGAUCAGCGAGAUGAAGCUGUCUGUCAAUGCCCGUGCCCGUAUCGUUGCGGAGGAGUUCCUCAAGAAUGUAAGACUGCUAUGUUUUAGAAGAAAAACCAUCUAGAUUCUAAUGCAUUUAUAGAAAUGUGGUCAAAUCAAUGGGAAUAAUGAAACAAUAUUAUGAUGUUUGUCAAUGCCUUCCUGUUGUUUCAGUUCUGA